CUGGCGCGGUGCGUCAAUCGCAGGACGAGUACAGAGACGCAGAGUAGGGUAGGCGGAGCGGGCAACGCGCCAACACACCGGCCGGUUGCUGAAGUUAUCGAUUGGUUGGAGGCGACGUGCGGAGACGACGACGUCGACGUGCUGCUGCUCACCGUCAUCGUCACGGAUCCGAUUGUGGAGGAACCUCCGCCAGCCGACGAGUCGCAGAUCGGAGAACACCGCGGCCCAUGCGCCAUCGACUACGACUCGUGA